CCCUCUGCCAGCAAAACAUUCCCACGCCCUGCAUCGACGUCCGAAGCCAAAUCAGUUGAAUCUCCCUCGACGACAAACAAAAAUCGAUUCAGCAUCGCCGCUUUGACAGCCGUCGAAGACGCCUCAACGGUGACCUCAAAACCCUCCUCGCCACCACCGAAAGCGCCGUCGGCGCAGAAUGGUUGUGGCGUCGGCCACGCGCCCACACUGUGGCUGGAACGCCUGUCUUCGGGCGGUGCCAUCUGUGACGAGGAGGAGGUUCGUCAGCUAGCGCACCUCCUUUUCACGGACCCCGUCUUCGCUGAACAGGUCUCGCGACUGCCGUGUGUGGCUCUGCUCUUUCCACAGAUCAUGGCUUUCUACCAACAACACCAAGACCACCAGCGUCUUGCUGCUCUGGCCGCAGCGCAGGCCGCUAUGCUCGCCUCCACAUCUCAGUCUUUCGCCAACACCCACGCGUCACAGCACAAUUCCAUCGGUUCUGCGACGAUGUCGUCGUAUCUGUUGCCAGCAGAUGCGUCCUCGACCAAGAUGCUACCACCACCACCGCCGCCGCCGCCGCCCCUACAAUUGUCACAUCCCACGUUUAUGACCCCGGCCCCCUCCCUGGCGGCGAUUACGCCCUCUUCUUCCUCCACCACCGCCCCCUCCGGUCACCCGGUAGCCCCACCGCCGCCACUGACACCCUCUCCGGCGCUGUUUCAUUCGUCUGCCAUGGCUGCUGCGAUCGCCGCGGGAAUGCAGGCGCCAGCGAAUCCGGCAGGCUUUCCAUCGCAUCCGUCUGCGAUGCAUCAACAGUUGAUGUCAGCGCAUUUCCUCUCCGCACCUCCGCCCUCAGUUUCUGGCGCUGCUCCGCAGCCUCCGCCGCCGCAUCCCUUCCUCGUGGCUCCGCCACACCAACCGACGUUUUGGGGCCAGCAUCCGCGUCUGCAUCCCGCCCCGCCAGGCUUUCCGUAUCUCACAGUGAGUGCGCCAGACAUCGCAGCGCUUCCUUGUGUUGACUAUUCAAUCGUGCCUCCGCCACCCUCCGCAAAUCUGUCCGCGCCAACUGCUCGAAAACCGCCCGUGGUCGAUGCUGUCGACCUCACGUCGCCGUCCUCGUGUCUCGCCGCCUCCUCUUCCUCCUCCACCACCCCGCAGACAGGUCGGAGUGGGAAGCGACACGUGGCCACACAACCCCAUGCGCUGUUCGGCUUUCCCAACUUCUGGGCUCACCAGCGAUCCCCGGUGGCAGUUGUACCUCCCGUCCAACAACAGCACCACCAGCAGGCGCACAUCCACCGACGAGCACACUCGCUGGUAGCACCGUUGCCUCGGUUCUGUGAUCUCUUCCGCAUCGAAGGCGUGCCCUCUUGCAGCGGUGCGACUGCCCACCUUCGAAUAUGCUUUCACAUCUUGAUGGAUAAAGCACACGGUCUCAAACCGGUGAACCCCUCCGAUCCCUGGUGGUACGCCUCAGCUGGCCGAAAUCUCCCCCGACCAAAGCCCCGGGAUCGGCCAGGUCUGCAUCCGAUGCCGCCGCACCUGUCGAGGUUUUCAAACUACGAGCACAUUCUGCAGACGGCGUUCCCCAUCGGCGUUGGAGGUGGUGGUGGUGGCGGUACCAGUGCGGUGCAGGCCUCCCCCCACCAUCCCAUCGCGAUUGAUCUGACCCGAUCGCCCUCGCCGCAUGUUGGGUUGCAGCUUCCACAGGCUCGGAAACCGCUGCAGCACGACUUUCUUCGUCCUACCGACGGCGCUACCAAAUACUUCCUUCAUCAUCAUCAUCACCACCACCAACAACAACAACAACAUCAGCAACAGGAGGCGGAAGCGAUUCUGGCUCUUAAGCGCCGCCGAGUGGUCACUGAUGCGAGUGCUGCGAGUCAAUUGCCGGCGUCAGGUCAUCAUCAGAACGGUGGCAUUAGGUUGCCCAUGGGACUUCCAUUUCCCCAGCUUCCCUUCCGGCAUCCAAUGUAA